AUUUUUAAAAAUGACAGGUGUUUUUGAGUCUCCAAAAACCAGAGUUAAUGCCUCCAUGCUACCCCAAAAUGUGAGCAAGGCAGUUUGUUUUGUUGGGCGUGUGGACAGGGUCCACCCAACAGGAAAAUCUUUCACACUCCUAGAUGGAGAUGAGAAGAUGGCCUCCGUAGAACUUCACGAACCACUUGACGAAGAGUUGAGUGGAAUUGUUGAGGUUAUUGGCAUGGUGUCCAACAAAGGAACAAUCAUGGCUUCAGCAUACAAUGCCUUCAGAGAGGAAAAAGGAAUUGCCUUUGAUUUGCAGCUGUACAAUGAAGCUUUGAAAAUCAUCCAUGAUUUCCCACAGUAUUACCCCUUUGAGGUGACAACAAGCAAUUAGUAGCGAUUUAAUAUUAAUCCG